GACAUUAAUGACAUUGACUAAUAUAAAGUUAUGAGGGUUUCAUAAAAGAAUUUGAAGCCAAAGCAUGUCUUAUUUCGCAUCUAUAAACCGCUGGGGUUACCAUCGCUGGAACUUGCAAAGAAUUUGGCCAGCAUUCCAAAAAAGACCAUCUACCAUUUCUACGUCGAAAAGAAACGAAGCUGUAGUUGAUACGGAUACAUGCCAAAACGAAAUCGAAAAAAAAGAGGAGGUGAAAAAUUGGAUAUCCUAUGGAUUCGAUUCUGAAAAUAGAACUGACGACAGGUCCACUAUGCACAGUUUGUUGUUUGUGGGUAUAACACUUUGCGGAGUUCUUGCAGGUGGAUUCAUAUGGUCUUAUGCUCCAGACUACCAUCUAAGGGAUUGGUCUACGCGGGAAGGCUUUUUGGAACUCAAAAGACGAGAGGCAGCUGGACAACUACCUAUUGAUCCAAAUUUUAUACCCCCAGAAAAGAUUAUUUUGCCUUCCGAUCAGGAAUUGGGAGACACUGAAAUUAUUAUUUAGUUAAAUAUUUUGAAAUUGUUCGUGAUAAUUGAUGUGUAGAAAAAUAAAUUGAAAUUCAGAUUUGUUCUAUAUCUUAAAAAUAACGUAUACGUACCUACUUAAAUACA